AGUGUUUGCUGCAAUAUGGGACAGAAUAAUCUCUUGUUGUCCCUCACGACUGGUCACACUUUUGGAAUCUUAACAGUCGCUUCCUCUUCGGCCCAAAAUUUAUUCCGAGGCCUUUCAGUAUUUAAGUUUAUGCUUGUUUACGUCACAAUUGUACUGUGGUUUGCGGGUGUCAAGUUUUGUAGCAAUAGUUUCUCAUUAGGAUACGUUUGGGACACUUCAGGCCCAGUCGUGAACAAAACUACAGUGCUUCUCUUGAUGGUCCUGCGGUCUUCUGGCCUCUGGUUGGCUAAAUGAAUUGUCAAUCACAUAUUUAGCCCGUUCACAUUUCAAAUACGGCCUCAUUAGUCCCGCCCACUAGUGACCAACAGAGCACCCUGCCUGACUCACUGGUCAAAACAAUCAGCAGGAUUUCCGCCAUAAAUUUCAAAAUAAAGUAAAGUCACACAUGUCGCAAGUAGUUCGUUCAUCAUUUAGAAAUGAUCUUAUUGUGAUAUAUCCAUACAAUAAUAAGCUAUUAAACAGUCAUUUUGAAAUUAACCUCUUUUUCUUUCUUUCUCGUGUAUCCCAGUUGUUUACCUGCUAAAAUAUUUGUCUCUUUCACAUAAUUUCCCUGUUUUACUUCAUUUCACCUUCAUCACCCUUUAAAAUAAAAUUAACAAUGGCAGCAAUGUAGUUUCUCCAUAUGCUAUCAUUGGAAUCUUGUGAGUCAUCACAGUAGCAGGCAGCAGGAGAUAACGGCUAGACUGAACAAACGCUCCGGUCUGCUCAAUAAGAUGAUGUGGUGAAAUUUUAUUGAUCCCUGUCAGGGAUGUCGUGUCAUUGAGAGAGCCGGCAGCCAGACGAGAUGCACGCUGUCAUGGGGUUGGAUUUGGGACGUCCUUUAGCAGGAACUCUAUAGACUUUUAUCAUUUUAUAAUGUGACAUGAAUCAGAGGUGAAGAAUUUGUGCACUUAAGAAUGUUUAGUUCAAAUCCUUUUUUCUUGAAGAAGAUGUUUAGUAGACAACAUCUGUGGUACUUGGUAAUUGUCGAAGGCUCUACGAUGUAAGAACAUGGGUUAUUGUGAGGCACAUACUUGUCCAAUUUCUGUCAUACCAUUCAAUUUGCUGGUGGAUGCAAGACUAUAUUUUAUGAAGGACAAAACGAUAUUUGGUUUCCCCACUGUGGUCCUUGGCUCACACUCGUGUUAUGGCCUGGAAAAAUAAUAAUCUGGCUCAGAGGUCUGUGCGUUUUAUGACUUUGCGGCUGCUAAGAUUGCUGAAUGCACGGCUGUGGAGUUGAUGGCCCAAUCUGUUUGAAAGUUGAUUUCUCAAUGAUCAUUACGGACAAUAAAAGUCUUCCUUAUGGUUCGAAUGUGAAGGGUUGAGGCGACAUGUUUUUGGAUGCUUUUAUUUUGAAAGGCCAGCUCCUCGCCACAGUUACUAGCCUGUAGCUGGCUUGAUGUAGACAGGUUACCCCCACCCCCCUCCACGAUCUUCCCUCCUUUCUGGGUCUCUGUGGUUAUCAGCUCAGAGUUGGGAAGUUGGAAGUGGAGCUGCGGGAGUCUGUGGGCAUCGUCAGACGUCCAGUGGGCUUUCGGGCGGAGACAUGACGGGCUCGCAGGCAGCGAGGAGGCACUGCAGCCUUCACACGUCUCACAGCAAUGGCCGACAGGAGGUCAGCUCGCGCUCGUCCCGCUCUGGCGUGCGGACUCGGAGCUCGGAGGAGCCGCAGCAGCCGCACGUGGGAAACUACCGCCUCCUCAAAACCAUUGGGAAAGGAAACUUCGCCAAGGUCAAGCUGGCCCGACAUAUCCUCACGGGCAGAGAGGUGGCUAUUAAAAUAAUAGACAAGACACAACUAAACCCAAACAGCCUUCAGAAGCUCUUCAGAGAAGUCAGAAUAAUGAAGAUCUUGAAUCAUCCCAAUAUUGUCAAGCUGUUUGAGGUGAUUGAGACGGAGAGGACGCUAUACCUGGUGAUGGAGUAUGCCAGCGGAGGAGAGGUCUUUGACUACCUGGUAGCACAUGGAAGAAUGAAGGAAAAAGAGGCCAGAGCUAAAUUUAGACAGAUAGUAUCGGCGGUGCAGUACUGCCACCAGAAGCACAUCGUCCACAGAGACCUCAAGGCUGAGAACCUUCUCCUGGAUGCAGACAUGAACAUAAAGAUUGCAGACUUUGGCUUCAGCAACGAGUUCACUUUAGGCAACAAGCUGGACACCUUCUGUGGCUCACCGCCGUACGCUGCACCUGAGCUCUUCCAAGGCAAGAAGUACGACGGGCCGGAGGUGGACGUCUGGAGUUUGGGGGUCAUUCUUUACACGCUGGUUAGCGGCUCGCUGCCCUUUGACGGACAGAACCUCAAGGAGCUGCGUGAGCGGGUGUUGCGAGGGAAGUACCGCAUCCCCUUCUACAUGUCCACAGAUUGCGAGAACCUCCUCAAGCGCUUCCUGGUCCUCAACCCAGCCAAGCGCGGUACUCUCGAGGUGAGGGAGGACGUCGAAAACCAAAUCAUGAAGGAUCGAUGGAUCAAUGCAGGAUUCGAAGAAGACGAGCUCAAGCCUUAUGUUGAACCUGAGCUGGACAUCACUGAUCAGAAGAGAAUAGAUGUGAUGGUGGGGAUGGGCUACAACCUGGAUGAGAUCCAGGACUCUCUAGCCAAGAUGAAGUACGACGAGAUCACGGCGACCUACCUGCUGCUGGGCAGGAAGGCAUCAGAGCUGGAACCCAGCGACUCGGCCUCCAGCAGCAACUUGUCCCUGGCCAAGCCCAGACCCAACAGCGAGCUCAACGGUCAGUCGCCCUCUCACCUCAAAGUCCAGAGGAGCGUCUCGUCCAACCACAAGCAGAGACGUUACAGUGAACAAGUGGGCCAGAACGUCCCUCCAGGUAUGGCCCAUCCAAAGCGCAGUCAGACCACUGCUGCCGACAACAGUGGGAAGGACGAAGGCGGCGUCCAGCUUCGCAAACCCGGCACCCCGGGGAGCCGUGGCGCUCCGCCGUCCAGCCCGCUGCUGGGCAACGCCAACAACCCCAACAAAGCCGACAUCCCUGACCGCAGGAAAGGUGCCGCCACCAGCCAGAGUAAUAACACCACAUCCGCAGGGAUGACCCGGAGGAACACGUACGUGUGCAGCGACAGGAACAACACUGACCGCCUUUCUGUCAUUCCCAACGGGAAGGAGAACAGCAUGACCGAGAUGGCUCGCGCCGCUAGCCCCUCCCCCUCCCUUGCGGCCGCCGCGCUCGGCGCCUCGUCCGGCUCGGUGCGGCUGAGAUAUCAAACGGCCAGCCCCUUGUACGCUUGCCAGGCAGGCUGGGCCACGCUGCCCCACUCCUACUACGCUUUGGACUACUGCUCGCCCAAUGUGGCCGUGUCGCCGGGGGGCCAGAGGAACCCGGUGGCGUCCACCCACAGCAUCUCCAACGCCACCACGCCCGAUCGGCUGCGCUUCCCGCGGGGCACCGCCAGCCGCAGCACCUUCCACGGCGGCCAGCUGAGGGACCGCCGAACCGCUACGUACAAUGGGCCGCCAGCCUCGCCCACCCUUUCGCACGACGCCUCGCCGCUCUCCCAGACGCGCAGCCGUGGCACCAGUAACCUGUUCUCCAAGCUCACCUCCAAGCUGACCCGCAGAGUCUCCACCGAGUUUGAGAGAAACGGGAGACUUGAGGGCUCAAGUCGCCAUGUACCUGGGGAUCAAAAAGGGGAAAACAAAGACGGUAAGCCCCGCUCCCUCCGAUUCACUUGGAGCAUGAGGACCACCAGCUCCAUGGAGCCCUGCGACAUCAUGAGGGAGAUCCGCAAGGUGCUCGACGCCAACAACUGCGACUACGAGCAGCAGGAGAGCUUCCUGCUCCUCUGCGUGCACGGCGACGGGCGAGCCGAGAACCUGGUGCAGUGGGAGAUGGAGGUGUGCAAGCUGCCCCGCCUCUCGCUCAACGGCGUGCGCUUCAAGAGGAUAGCCGGGUCAUCCAUCGCUUUCAAAAACAUUGCUUCCAAAGUUGCCAAUGAGUUAAAGCUAUGAGGAAAACUGAAGAGGGGUUAAAAGUAUCCGUAUAUCUAGAAGUAUUUAAGCUGUACAAUCAUCCAAGUAGCAGUUUCCAAAUGUCUCCUUUUAUAAAAAACAAAAAAACAAAAACAAAUUACAGAGUAUGUAUUGAUUAUAAUGUAUAGGCUAAGACUUUUGGCAAUAAUCACUGAAUUACCUACUAAUCUGUCUAUUCUGGCCACAAGGGGGCGACAUAGCGAGUUGAUUUGUCAUGCUGUGAACGUGGACAACAACAAAGUAUUUCUUGUCUUAUUUAUUUUCUUUUUUUCUUCAGAAAAAAAUAAAAACACGUAGCGUUUAUUUUUGUUUUCCCUGUAAAUAGUAUCACGUUCAAGACUCGUUUUUUUCUUUUUGUAUUUCAGUUUAAAUUGGAAAAAAAGUAGAGAUGGCGGCGAGUCCGUGUAAACGCCCACGUGGUUUAAGGGUCACAUGCCUCAAUUAAAGUGUCUGUCAACUUGAAUACAUCUCCACUCGCGCUCUUUUAUUCUUCCAUAUAAAAUACACUGAAUCAGAGCCAACAAAAAACAUGAUUACUAAUGUGCUUGUAGUUUGCAGGGGUGUCCAAACUCGUCCAGUGAGGGUUGCAUACAUUAGACAUUAAAGGAUGGGGGGGGGUCUUCACUUAAAUGCAUUUUGUUCAUUAAAGAUGCUAAAAGGGAUCCAUUAUAAGGCAAUAUAUUUUAAACUACCUGAACACGUUUGUGCUAUAGACACUAAUUUGUCACAAUUCUAUUUUUACAUGAUGCUGCAUCCCAAAAAUAGCCCCCGGGCCACCUUUUGGACACCCCUGACCUACAGGAAAAGAUUUUUACAGCUAGAAAAGCACCCACCGACUGUGGGAACAUUUGUGAGAUUUCUUCCCCCCCUCAAAGUCCAAAAUGUGUCCACUAUGAUGAAUUAUUCAUAUGUGGGGACAAUUAAGGACUUUAGUCCCACCUCUGAUUCUUUAAGAGUGUCCCAUGACUUUUGUCCAUGUAGUUGACUUUGCAUUGAGAGGAGAGAAGGUUCUCUUCCAGAUCAUUUUAUUUCACCUCAGUCUUCAUCUUACAGAAGAUGUUUAAAUAGACAAUUCAGGGACAAACCAACAAGCAGAGUGCAUUCCAGGAUAGUUGGACGUUCAUUGAAUUGGACAAGAGCAUCGGGUUGGGGGUGUUCAGGGUCUACUUCUGGGCAGGCAUGAGGUCAUCGAUGGACUGGCCCUUCUCCAGCCUCUUCUCCAUGUCCACCAGCAGCUUGAUGCCAUCCACCACCAUCUGCACCAGCUCCACCUCAGAGAAACCCAGUCUGUCAGCGUUGGAGAUGUCAAAGACUCCGCCCACAGCCGCUGUGUCCACGCCCCCUGGUGGACAAACAAGGUCAACGGCUCAUCCAAACAAGGACGGUCUGGACAGCAGGACAAGCAGCGUUGCACUCACCGGUUCCACGCUUCUGGAGCCUCAGACGCUUGAGGACCUCCUCGAACUUUGCGUGCUUGCUCAUGUUUGGCAGCUUCACGUGCACGCCCGCGCGCAGGCCCGUGCCCAGGUUGGACGGGCAGGUGAGUACGUAGCCCAGGUGCUCGUUCCACAUGAACACGUGACCUCUGUCCUUGAACAAGGACUCGAUCUGAAAGAGAAGAUCAAUAUGGAGGAACCGUGCAGGAGCCUUUCUUAGCUGUCUCAACACACCUACCACCCUAAGACGUGUUUAACUUUGAAGACAAUUUAGGCUUCAAGAAA